AUGUCCCCACAGAGUGGAGCACCUGAUGUCAUCCUCGCUCUUCACCCCUCCUCGUGUGUGUAUGUGUUCAGCCUCUUUGUGGUUGACCGGUUGCCGCGGCAGCAGCAGUGUGAGGACGGAGUUCGUAUGAAGCGUCGUUGUUUUCCUCUGAGAGGAGACCACAGCCUGCUGACCCCUGACACACACACACUCCUGGGGUUGAGGCAAUGUGAACAGGUGCAGUCAGGGGGUGUGGCCUCUCUCUCAGGAGGCUCAUCCAGCAGCAAACCCAACACCUUGUCGGCCAGGCAGCGACAAGCAGCAUCUCCGACUCGUCGUCUGCGGUUUGAGGAUGAGACGGAAAAGGAGGCGGAAUCUCGUUACCUGGAGCGACAGCGGCAGAAGAGACAGACGGGGAACUGCGGAGUUGGUGUGGUGAUGUCCAAACCAGACUUGAACCUGUACAUCAAUGGCAUGGCGGAGGCAGGGCACGCUGUUGGCAAGCAGCCAAGGGGGCGAACAGUGGUGAGCAGAGCAGGUCAGAAUCACACCUGUGAGAGAGGAAUAAGAUGCGGAGUCAAUCUCUGGCAACACUCACCUGGAACUGACAAGAGGGGGAGCCUAAACAGACAGCACCUUAACCUGCGGACUGAACCAAUCAGAGAGACCUACAUCGGCUCUGUCACCAGUGUGGAAAAGGAUGGGGCUUACACACAGGUGAGACGGCAAUCAGUGGAGCUAAAUGGAGCCCAGGUGACUUUUCAUCAAGCCAUGCCCUACGCUGGCCUGCCAGUCAACCCCUAUGCCCCUCACUCAGUGGGGCUGUGUACCACCCACCCGCCCAAACUGCACAGAGAGCAUCAAUUGGGGCCUGAGCCUAGGGAGAGGAGAGGGCGUGAGGUGGAGGAAGAUCUGAACAACAUGAUGAAGAACUCCUCAUCCUCCUCAGAGAGGAGCGCAGACACAACAGCUGAGAGUCAUCCCCCACCCACCUCAGAGCCAGUGAGAGCAGAGCUCCACCAACUUGACGUUUCACUUCCUGCACAUUUAAGCAGCAGAGAAGAUUCCUCCCGUCUUUCUCUGCGACGUUUUUUCUCCACCGUCACAUUGAGCAGGACUCGAACCAGCAGCCUCGACCGCCUCUGUUCACGGACCCGUGAGCGAACCCACCCCUCCCUUGCUGACUCCACCUCCUCAAUUUCCAGGAACUCCUCCAGGCUGGUGAAGAAAACUUCAUCUGUUGAGUCGCUCAGUGUGGAAGUGCCACUUUUCCAGUCAAGAAAGUCAUCUUUGGAGCUGAAGAAGAAGAAAGAUCGUUCUGCGAACUAUAAACCAGCUGCUGAACAGUUCUUACCUGGUAGUCUUGGCGUCAAAGACAUCAGUUGUCCCUCUUCAGUUUGCUCUGUCGGGCGGAUUCUUCAGGUUUGCCCUGAUGGGACGUUUUUAUUGGAGCUUAAGCGACCAGUGGGCCAAAUCUUUGGCUUCAUCAUCAGCAGAGGAAGAGGACGACGUGACUCUGGUGUGUAUAUCGAAGACAUGAACAGCAGCACUGGGAAGUUGUAUGCUGGCCUGCUGGCUAUUGGAGAUGAGAUCCUGGAAGUCAAUGGGGAGAAAGUGGCCUCCCUCAGUCUGGACCAGGUGACCCACCUCCUGAUCAAGAACCAGUCUGUCACCAUUCGGGUCCUUCGACACCAGAGGACACGUUCAGAGUGACAACCACACUGCCUGACUGAAGAACCAGUUGCCAACACUGAACCCGACUCACCUGUUUAUGGCAGUAACAGAGUUAAAGCAAAACUGCAGUCUAUGUCUUACACUUUCUCAUGAUGAGAAGCUUCUUGUCUCCUGUUAAAUCACUUUGACUUGCUGGUGUGAAUAUUUGUUUAAUGCCAUGCAGUAUUUGUCCUCUGAGCUGAUACUGUUUUUUCUAUUUUAUUUUAUUAUUAUAUUAAUAAUAUUAUUAUUAAUGAUGUUUUUGUUUUCAUGAAGUAGCUUGGUUUUUUAUUUUGUCUGUGUUUGUUUUGCUUUUGUUAAAGAAAAAUAUUGUUUAAAAACCAGCUGGGACCUGCCAAAAAAGAAAAUUAUUCAAAGUGAAAAACUCAUUGAUCAAUAAUUGAAAUCAGUCAGACUAGAUUAAAAUGUACCUUAAUCAAAUGGUCAAAGUCUGAUUUUCUUUUCUUUUCUUUAUUGAAUAAAAAAAAUUCAGCUCGAGACAUAUCUCACCAUCGGUCAGCUGAUAACACUUUUAUCAAUCACUGAUCUUUAACAGCUCUCUCCAUUCAGUCACUCAUUAUUUAUUCUUGUUUAGUGUGAGGAAUAAAGUUUUGCAGAAACAUGAACAGUCUGGUUAAUCUUUAGUGUAAAAGCAGGUGAAAUUUCAGGUUUGUCACAAUCUUUAUUUCAGUUUGUUUUGUGUUUCAGUCAGACAUCAGAACACUGAGAUCAUUUAUUCAGGAAACAUUUUAGCGGCCGCAGGAGAAUUGCCACUGUCACGGCGUACCAUAAACCCGAUAUCUAGGACAACGUGACUGGCUGUUGCUGCCGUCAUCCAUUUUCAUGUUUUAACUAACUUGCUCACCAGCCUUCAGGAUAUUACACUAAAGGAGCCACAGGAAGUCAUCCACAGGUCAAUAAGUCACUCAAUAUGCUGCACAUGUGAUAAAUACAGGAAACAGAAAUAAAAAAGACAAUAAAAUAAAACGGUUUCAGUCAAAAAACAAAACAGGAAUUUUAGUGUUUCUACUUUAGGUGUAAAGUACUGCCAUGAAGUUCAAACUGAACUAAACCAGUUUGAACUGAACUAAACGUGAGUUAAACUCUGACAUUAAAUUAAAAUUAGUAUUCAACACAACUGGAUAAAAGUGUCUUUAAAGUGGACCUGCUCUCCUCACUUCCUGUCAUGUGUCUCCUGCUCCUGUGAUGGAUGUUUCUAUUAAAGUUUCUAAUUAGGUCACAGUUCAUACCCUCCUGAGAACCAUCCUAUUCAUCAUUUCCUCUCUAAUGGACAUUUGUUUUUGGUCUAUAUGUUUUGAAUUAUUUGUUCUACCCUACUAAGUCCUGACGUACUAAAUAGAGGACAUCCCGGGCUUUCCAUUUAGAUCUCAUGUGUCUGGGAGGCCUCUUUUAGCUCCAAAAAGGAAGGAAAUCACAAAAAGAUUCCUUUUUCCUUGGUUCUCAGGAGGAUAUAGUUUUCCCUGUGAGCCAAGAGCUCAGACUGCUCUCAA